ACAGGAGAGCAGGCGAAGUGCGGCGAACUCCGCGAGAAACACAGCGUAUCUCAGUCCGUAUACAGUGUAUGAGACUGUCGAUCUAACAAACCAGAUGACAGAGUUAUGACACUUAAGACAUGGCGUUUCUGCUGGGUACUCGCUCCUACCACCGGCGCUGGUGCAAGUGUCUGCUUCUGACGUGCGGCUUGCUACUUCUUGUGCUCUGGACAAGUUUUGCCUCUGCCGGUGAUGACAGCCAUGCUGGAUCUGCAUUUAAGGCACCAGCUUGGGAGACCCUGGGAAAGUCUCGCCGGCUGCAGUCUGUGUUGCCAAACUGCACCCCUCCCGCGAUCGAGCAGUUCCCCAGAGAUCUGUUCAGCCCUGAACAGCGCCGCAGUGGUUUCCUUGUCACACACAUACUGAUCGCUGCCUACAUGUUCCUUGCCCUGGCUAUAGCCUGUGAUGAUUAUUUUGUGCCUUCUCUAGAGGCUAUCUGUGAUAUUCUGAAUUUGCAGACGGAUGUUGCUGGAGCGACAUUUAUGGCAGCUGGCAGUUCGGCCCCAGAACUUGCCACGGCCAUCAUAGCAGUGUUUAUUGCGCAGGAUGAUAUAGGUUUGGGAACAGUUGUUGGUUCAGCGGUGUACAAUGUGACAUUUGUUAUUGGUGUCUGCGCUCUCUUUGCUGGUAUGGUUCUCCAUUUAAACUGGUGGCCUUUGGUGAGAGAUUGUGCUUUCUAUGCUCUCAGUGUUAUCUCCCUUGUGUUGAUCAUAUUGGACGAGACGGUGUGCUGGUAUGAGGCCCUGGCACUUAUACUGCUCUACAUUCUGUAUAUACUGCUGAUGUGCUACAACCCACAACUAGAGGCCUGGGCUCAUUCAAAACUUAAAUGUGGCGCCGUCCUUGAAGAAGAAAUCACAGUUUAUGAAAAAAUCUCGACCAAACCAAGUAGUGGAGCCAUAUCAUUGACGACAGUGGGUACCUCCAGUGGCGAGGGGCCAGAUAGGGGUGCCUGUCUGGAGGCAGCCAAUGGUAGAAAUAACAACCUGAAGGUGGUGGAUUCUGGAGAAGAUUCAGACGACGACGAUCAUCAGGACACAAGAACAAUUCUACUGGAUGGCCAGUCUAAGAAGGAGAUGCCGAGGGAAGAGUCACAGUUUGUGUCCCCACUCUCGUUGCCAGAGGGGUGCUGUAGGCGUGCCCUGUGGGUGAUCUCUCUACCUAUCACCCUGCUGCUGUUCCUGACAAUACCAGACUGUCGCAGAACGGCCUGCAGGAAGUGGUUCACCAUGACCUUCAUCAUGUCUCUAGUUUGGCUGUCCGUUUUCUCCUAUCUCAUGAUCUGGAUGAUCACCAUUAUAGGCCACACUUUGGGUAUACCAGACACAGUUAUGGGUCUGACAUUCAUUGCCUUUGGUGUCAGUGUCCCCGAUGCCAUUUCCAGUCUGAUAGUUGUCCGUGAAGGGUAUGGGGACAUGGGUGUGUCCAAUGCAGUAGGCAGUAAUAUAUUUGACAUCUUGGUGUGCCUGGGGAUACCCUGGUUACUGGAGACAACUGUCCAUAACCCAGGUAGUACUGUACAGGUAUAUAGUCAAGGCCUGACAUACUCAUCUAUCACACUGUUGUCCACAGUGGCCUUCCUCAUCAUAGCCACUCAUCUCAAUGGCUGGAAGCUAAACAAGUCGUACGGUGUACUGCUGAUGGUGGUCUAUCUAUUAUUUAUGGUUCUAGCAUCUCUGUAUGAACUGAACAUAUUUGGAUAUUUUCACCCAGUUGAAUGUGGAACAGAUUUUUGAAUGUCAGUAUUCUUUGUAAAAUGGCCCAUGUUGAAGCAUGUACAUGUAUAUUUAUUUUUCUGAAACUAACCAAAACAUUGUCUUAUAUGUAUGUAUAUAAUAUGUGUGUAUUACCAUGUUGUUCCUCCUGACAUACAUGUAUACACACACUGGCUGGUGUUUUUUUAAGGUGAAUGUGAGAUGCAGCUCUUGAACUGUUUGUAAUUCAACUUACAAUGUCACGGUAUAUGCAAGGAAAAAAUGUAUUUUUGACUUCUAGACUACAUUUAUUUCUCUUAAUUUUCACAUUUUGUCAGCAUAAAGUGUACUGUGAGAUUUUAUCAUUAUUGGACUCUUUCUUAGGCUUGAUAUGAUUACUCGGAAACUGUGAGUUUUAGUCAUGGAUUAUGACUUGCUUUUUAUUUUUGUCUGUGGUCUCAUUUCCUAAAAGAUAUCUUGUAUAUUAAUUUGUUUUUACAUGUAUAUUUAUGAUUAGAAGUCUUUAAGUAUGAGGCCUUUUAAGACUUUAUAUAGCCAAGUUUAACUUCAAGACUUCCUUGUGAAUAGUAGUGAUCAUGGAAAGAAAUAUUCCCUGACUGUUGUUCUGUCUGUUAGAGAAAUCAUACUCAUAAAAUGACACAGGACAGAAUAAGAGGCUAGUGAGGAGCUGUCCUUAUUUCAAAGAAUUACCAAAGCUUCAAGGUUUUAACAUGGUCAGCUGUUAUAUUUAGUGCAUUUGCAGAAUUGUUCAGAUUCCAAACAUUUAAUGGUUUGGCUAUUGUGAUGUCUAUUAGGAAGUUUGCACAUGAGGAUUAAGUACCAAAAGCUAGUACAUGUAUUCAUCCAUCGUUUUUGGGACAUAAAUAUAUUAUUACCAGUUUAAGUCCCAUGUGCUAUAUUUAAAAUUUAUAGGGCCUGUAAAGCCCUGUACAGAUUUCAGACCAUUGGCAAGAGAGAAAAUUUAAAAAAAUAUUCAUUCCAUGUUUAUCAUAGAUUCUGCAGGCAGAUAUUUAUUUGUAGUUCCUGGGGGUUUUUUUUCAGUUUUAUUUUUGUGCAAUAUGUGAUUAGACAAGAAUAUGAUAUUGUAUGCCAAAGUGACUUUCCUGUGUUUAUGAUGUCUUUGGCCUUUACCAUGUUUGGAGGCAUUGUGGAAGAAAUGGCUUGUUUUCUGAGUCAAUCUUAUCUGUAUACUCUGCAGGAGUUUUUUACUCACAUUAGCCAGAUAACAAUAUUUUCUUUAGUGAUGUAUAUUGUCUUAUCAGUUUCCUGUAGCAUAACCGAGACCCUCCAAACACAGACCAGUGUGCUAGUGGAGGGAUUAUUAGAAAUCAUGCAUAUGAUUUGAAAACAGGAUCUUCAUUCCUCUAUUUGAAGACUGGUAUUUCAUGGAGUUUGUACCAGAUUUCAAGUUUCUUUAACAUAUAUAUAUAUACUUCACACACUUUAGUAUGUAUUCAAUAGAAUGAGGGUUAAAAUAUUUCUCAAAUUAUAUGCAAGGCAUAUAAAUCAUGAAUCACUUCAGAUUGUAAUUUAACAACAAACUAGAGAGAUGAAGAACCAAAUCUGGCCAGAAAAAGACAUUAAUUGUUUCAAGAUUAAUUUCUGAUAAUUAAUUGUCUGUUGAAAUGCCCAUCAACUCUGUAUGUUCAGGUGGGGGUGGUUUGUUACUUUGUUCCGGCAAAAGUGUGUAAAAAAUGAAACACACUAAUUAGCUGUGGUAAAAGGUAAUGUUUGUAGGUACUUAUAUUAAAAAUGGAUAGAUAUUUAUAUUUUAGCUGGAAUGAAUUUUAUUACCUGUUCUGCCUAUUAAAUGGGGAACCUUUCCCCCCUAAAGUAAUUCAGGUGCAAUUCUUUUAAGUUCAUUCCUGCCUUUGCUUAGACGGUUUGUGGGCAAGCUGGUUAUAUAAUACUACUGUAUUACAAGGGAAGAAUUGUCAAUCCAGCUUGGACCUAAGCCGCCAUUGCUGAAGAAAAAGCGUCCCAUUGGUUCUGAUGCUGUAUUGUAGUGUAACAAAUUAUUAUUGGCAGAUUAUGAAAGACACUCGAUAUUUGGCAUGUCAGUCUGAAAUUUCCUCACCUCUUGGACUGUGGCUCUCUUGGGUGAAGCUUGGAAGUUAUGAUGUCUUAGAUGAAGAGAUAUUGCCUAAAGUAUGCCAUAUGAAUGUGUCAGAUAAUCCAGAUGAUAUGGAUAUGUAUACGUCCUGGUGUCUGGCUUCAAACUGUGGAUUCAGAUGACUGGUAUUAUGUUUGCUCACUAAGAUGUCAAUGUGAUAUCUCCUAUCUAUGCAAUCAGCCUGCUGCUGAUGGGCUAUGAAUUAAUUUCACUGUUGACUUAUGUGACAGGAUCUAGGGUCAAAUCUCUCAGAUGUCAUAUCCUACUGUCAUAAGUACUUUGUUCUUUUCCCUAGCAGGGAACAAUGGAAAGUCUAAAU